CGAUAUUCGGCCGUCAUUUCUAAUUCGGUCGUGCUCGAGACGGUUACCACGCGCACCGCCGUUUUUUUUAAUUAAUAAUUAUAAUAUUAAAUUAGUUUUAUUUUAUUAUUUUUUUAUAUUUAUAAUAUUAUAUUAUUAAAAUAAUGGAUUGGACGGAUGAAGAGUGUCUACUUCUUAUUGAUUUAUUUAAAGCCAGACCAAUUUUAUGGGAUCCAACUAAUAGCCAAUAUAAGAUGGCAAAAAAAAAAAUCGACUAUUGGUCUGAAAUAGCUAAAGAAAUGAAUAGAAAUGUCAAUGAAGUGAGGAGGAAAAUGGAUAGCUUACAAGCAUCAUACAGAAGGGAACGUCGCAUUGAAGGAAGCACAAGCCGUUCCGGCGCUGGAACCGAUGAAGUGUUUCGUUCCAAAUGGUAUGCUUUUAAAGCGAUGCAGUUUUUGAAAGACAAAUUUUUGCCACGAGACACUAGAGAUACCAUUGCUCCAGAUCAUAGUCAAUUAUUGGAAGAUACAACUAUAAUCGAUAAUGAAACUACUAUAGGUGAAUGUAUGGAGGAAACUGCAGGAGAAUCACAACAACCACUGCAAGAGCAAAGAAAAACAUUUGUUUCCCCCAAAAAAAUAGCAAGUAAACGCAAAAAUGCAAAUGACAGUGACAAAAUUAUGAUUCAAAAUUUACAAAAUAUUAUGCAAGAUAUUUCUGACAGAAGGCAGUCAAAAAAACAAAAGAAUGAUAACACUCUAUUUGGAGAAUUUAUUGCGAGCAAAUUGGAACAGUUUGACGAUCGCACGAAAACAAUAUUACAACAUCAAAUAAGUACACUAAUAUUUAACGCUGAAUUAAGCUAUAAGUUCCAACCACCAACUAAUCAGUCUCAAGAAACUAGCAGUUCACAAAUUGCAACAUCAUUGCCACAUCUUCAUUCGAUAUACUCUAUUCCACCACAGUCAACUGCAGAAACAUACCAAGCUUCAACAUCUUCGUCUUCUAUGCAGUCACCGUAUUCUGCUUUAACACCUUCACCAACUCAUCAUUCUACGUUUUUAACUCAACCACAGUCACUGGACACAUACUUUUCGUCGUCGUCGUCUUCACCACCUCUUCAUUCCAUGCCCGCUGCUCUGUCUCAGUCACCACAGCCACAGUAUAUGCCCAACAACUUUACUGAUAAUUUGUAAUAACAAAAUACUUUUAAAUAAUAAAUAUUAUUCACAUGUAGGUAUAAAAUAACAAAAAUUUUAAAGAAUAAAAUUAAUUCGGUUAAUAAUUAAAAUGUUUAUGAUAAUGUUAGGGUUAUAUUUUUUUAAAUGUUUGUGUUUAUAAACAUUUAAAAAAUUUGUUAUUAAUUGUAUCAAAAAGUUGUUUCUUUUUUUUUUUUAAUUAUUUAAUUUAACAGUAUUAUCCAAGUGCAAGAUUAUGUAAUGAAAUAUUAUGUCUACUACAUUUUAUAUCUGUUUUAUAAUAAUAAAUAUUAUUUGAUGACUAAAUUGAAAAUUCCUACUUCAUUAUACAUUAU